GGAACAUAGUGUAAUUACCAAUCACCGACGGCUUUUGACGGCUUCUUCCGGACAAUACUAGAUAGAUUGAUUACCCGCACCGCAGCGGGCAGCGAAAGUAUGCCCAGAAAUUGUGCUUUAACUGCGUUUGCGGUGAUCUAGGCGACACAUCAUAGAUGGAUAGGAGACGAACCGACAGUCCGGUGUACGGCCGGCAGUGGAGCAGCGAAUCCAGCGCCACCGGCGGCUCCUCCUCUCCGGCAAUGUCGCCCUCGUCCUAUCACCCCCACCACGCCCGCUCCUCUUCUGCCACCGGCAUUUCCAACAUCAAGCGCACUCAGAACUUCGCCGCCAAAGCUGCCGCCCAACGCCUAGCUCAGGUCAUGGCUUCUCAGGCCACCGACAAUGCCGACGACGAUGACGACGAUAACGAUGACCUCGGCUUCCCUCUCGGUGCUCCUCCGCUUCCGUCCUUUACCAGGCCUCUCAGUAACACUAAUAAAGUCAACCUCAGCAGUAACAUUAUGCCUUCGAUUCCGUCUACUAAGACCACUAGAUCCGCUUCUCCUGGGGCAGCCAGAAAAUUUGUAGAGGAAACGCAAUCAGUUCGCUCAACAUCAGCUGGAAGACCAUCGGCGGCGAUUCGUACAACUCCAUCAGUACCAUCUAGUAGAACAUCAUUGAAGACUCCAAUUCCCAUACCACCAAUUGAUCCUCCAACUAAUAGGCAAAAAGAGAAAAGAUUUUCAUCAAACUUGGGGCAAAUGAACUUGAAGGACACAGGAGAUCAACGGGAAGCUUCUGCCCUUUGUGAUGAACUUGAUAUGCUACAAGAAGAAAAUGAGAAUCUUCUUGAAAAGCUAAGGGUUGCAGAAGAGGGUUGUGAGGAAGCAGAGGCUAGAGUUAGGGAGCUUGAGAAACAGGUAGCUGCUCUUGGUGAAGGGGUAUCUUUAGAAGCAAAACUGUUGAGCAGAAAGGAAGCUGCAUUGCGUCAAAGAGAGGCUGCACUUAGAGAUGCAAAACAAACAAAAGAUGGAGUAGAUGAGGAGAUUUCCUCCCUCCGCUCAGAACUUAAGAAAGUCAAAAGUGAGGCCACAGCUGCUGUAGACCAGCUUCAGGGAACUGAAUCUGAAGUUAGAGCUCUGCAUUCUAUGACUCAAAGGAUGGUAUUAACCCAGAGUGAAAUGGAGGAAGUUGUCCUUAAGCGGUGUUGGCUUGCACGUUAUUGGGGAUUAGCUGCACGAUAUGGUAUCUGUGCAGACAUUGCUGUGUCAAAGCAUGAGUACUGGUCAUCUUUAGCACCUCUUCCUUUUGAAGUCGUCCUUUCUGCUGGGCAAAAGGCUAAAGAGGAAUUCUGGGAGAAAGGCAAUGAGAAUCCUGAGAGGAUCAAACUUGUUCAGGACUUGAAUGAUCUAACUGGGGAAGGAAAUAUUGAGAGCAUGCUUUCAGUUGAAAUGGGCUUGCAGGAGCUUGCAUCUCUGAAGGUUGAGGAUGGUAUUGUUCUCGCACUGGCACAACAACGGCGUGCAAAUGCACUUCGACUAUCUUUUUCAGAUAUCAAGUCCCCUGGUGAUCCGAAGUUUACAGAUCCAUUUGAACUGUCUCCAGAAGAGUCUGAAGAUGUUCUUUUCAAGGAGGCAUGGCUGACAUAUUUUUGGAGACGAGCCAAAGUCCAUGGUAUAGAGGAGGAGAUUGCUGAAAGAAGACUUAAAUUCUGGAUUAGCCGCAGCGGGCACUCACCCUCCUCACAUGAUGCCAUUGAUGUUGAGCAAGGGUUGAUGGAGCUGAGGAAAUUGGGCAUCGAGCAACGACUCUGGGAAGCAUCCCGCAAAGAAAUCGACCACGACGACUCCAUUUAUUCUUCUGCUGCUGCUGCUGCUGCUGCUGCUCAAGCUCAACCAAUAUCUGCUGUGCAAUUGAAAGUUCCUGCUUCAUAACCGCCAACUGCUAGCUCAACCGCCCCGCCGCGCGUCAUACUUCAUACGUUGUGGGGUUUCUUCUUGUAAUUUACAAAUGUUUUCGUCGGCCGGUCGGUCAGGCUUGCAAAAGAUUACAAGGACAAAAUGCAGUUUAUUGUUGAACUACCACGUGCCUGUAUGUGCUUGGGUUUUUUCGCUAUUAUGUCAUGGUUGUUUAACCUGCUCUGCUCAAAGUCGUUGCUCUAUUCAUGAGGUUUGUAUGACGCAAUUAGUAAUUUGACAAGGUUCAUCAUAGGCUUUAACAAACAGCACUGAAGAGGUUGCUAUUUAUGAGCGGACUUUUGUAAUAAUAAUUAUUUAGCCUUGUCAAAUAAUAUAUUAC